AGACAACUACCGUUGCCCCCUGACCAAAACCAGACGACCUCAUGUCACUCUUUCCUAUCUCUCCGGAUUUCAUCUUCUUCGUGUACGAAGGAAGAAAACCCCUACCAACAACAACAGCAGCUGCAGAAGUAGAAGAACAAGAAGCAAUGGUGUCCAAGUCCAUCAAUAAAACUCCCACGAAAUCCGUCAAAGAUCGCCGGAAUCGCCGCAGAAAGAAGUCGCCCCUGAAGAAUUUCUCCAACGCCUCCUCCAUUGUCGUCGCUUCCAUCAACAAAUCCUUCUUCUCAUGUCAACGUCGCCUCGUCAAGAUCUUCACCAAAUUAGCCAAGAUCAGCACCCCAAUUCACCGAAAGAAAGGGUUCCAACUCUUGAAGAAAUGCAAAAUCGAAGACGAAGAAGAAGCAGCAGCAGCAGAGAUUGCAAAGAAUCAGAUCUGCCGAUCUCUGUUUCACAGUAAUGGGCUCCCGCCUUUGAGUUGUCCCGAGAAAAAGACUGUCUUUCUGGAUCUUGAUGAGACUCUGAUUCAUUCCAAGCCAGACCCACCGCCAGAGAGGUACGAUUUCGUGGUUCGGCCGAGGAUCGAAGGGGAAUUCAUAGAUUUCUACGUGUUGAAGCGUCCGGGCGUGGAGGAGCUAUUGGAUGCCAUAGGAGAGAAGUUCGAGAUUGUGGUGUUCACUGCGGGAAUAAAGGAGUACGCCUCCUUGGUGCUGGAUAAGAUUGACCCCAAGGGUUUGAUUUCUCAUCGACUCUACAGGGAUUCUUGCAAGGAGAUGGAAGGAAAGUUUGUGAAGGAUUUGUCGGAGAUGGGGAGGGAUUUGAGUAGGGUUGUGAUCGUGGAUGAUAAUCCAAAUGCUUACGUUUUCCAACCUGAGAACGCACUCCCUGUGCGUCCCUUCAUCGAUGAUCUUCAAGACCAAGAGCUUCAACGGGUGAUCAGGUUCUUUGAAUUCUCUGAUUGCUUUGAAGACAUGAGAGAUGCCGUCAAGAAUUAUCUCUCUUAUGCUACGGCUAAUCAGAACUCUUAGACUAUCUCUGAUGUUACUUUAGAACUUUUUUCUUACUGGGGUUCAGUCUACCUCAAAAUUGUCUUUCAUUUUAAAAUUCUUUGCUUUCUGGAGAUCAAUCUUG